CCAUUUUUGUUAUAAUUUUUCCUUUCAAUCCAAAAUGUUUCGAAAAAUAAUAUCUAGAAAUUAUUCGUGUUGUAAUAAAAAGGAUUUUCGAUUAGAGAAAAUGGGAAGUCUUACAAGAAAUGUUACUUCAAAGUAACGCAUUGCUUGUUUGAUAUGGAUGGGACUGUUUUGAAUUCUGAAGUUAUUUACCAUAAAAUGAUAAAGGAAAUAUGCGAAAAAUAUAACAGAGUAUAUACAAAAGAUUUACAAGUCAGGAUGUACGGUGUAACUGAUAGACAAAUUUGUGAAACUAUAGUCAAUGAAUUGAAAAUGCCGAUAUCCAUUAAUGAAUUUGAAAAGCAAUUGGGAGAUUUAGCUGAGAAAUUGUUGCCGAGUGCGCCGUUACAAAAAGGAGCAGAACGUCUUCUAACUCAUCUCCACGACAGCAAGAUUCCAACGGCGUUAGCGACGAAUUCAACUGAGCAAGCGGUUAGACUUCAUGCUACGGCCAGACCGAAGCUGUUUGGUUUAUUUCAUCACAAAGUAAGCGUGACAGAUCCAGAAGUGUCCCGAGGGAAGCCAAAACCUGACAUAUACCUGGUGGCAGCAUCCAGAUUUCCUGAUAAGCCGAAACCGAAACAGUGUCUUGUAUUUGAAGAUUCAUCAGUUGGUGUGACGUCAGCGGUAGAAGCAGGAAUGCAGGUAGUCAUGAUCCCUGACUCACGUCUCGAUCGAGAACACACACGUCACGCGACAAUCGUCAUCAAAUCUCUAAUGGACUUCCAACCAGAGCUAUUUGGUCUACCGCCAUUUGAUGAUACUCCCAGACGAUACAGCAGAAUUGAAGAAAAUCCACCGUAAUUCAGUAGGCUAUUCUGUAAGAGCAAACUCGAUCACCGCGGAAAACAGUCGUAAAAUGUCAGAAAGUGAUACGCGACAUUGAACAUAACAAUAAUAAUAUUUCAAGAGUACACGCAUCAAAAUUGUAUAUCAACAUAAGUCGGCUGUCGACAUUUCACUUGUGAGUAAUGAAGUGAGCUAUUACAGAAUAGCAAUGCAUUUCUAGAGUGUGUUUAAAACGAAAAUUAAACUACUGCGUUAUAGAAGUGUCAAGUAAUGUUAACUCUUUCAUUUCUGUGUGCCAAGUGCGUGUUUUCUUACUUAUUCGAUAACUUUGACGUUAACAAUUUGUAUAGUAUUGCGGUAAUUGUCACUAGAUGGCGCUGUUUUCAUUUUAUAAAAAUAGCAAUUAACGUCAAUCGAAUAAGUAAAAAUCACUAAUCGCACUGUUAAAAGCGUGUUAACGUAAACAACAUUUUAAGAACAUUGUUACCACGCCUUAAUCGAUAUAUUGAAAUUAUGAAACCUACAAUGAUAUUUAUUGUUGAUUUACAGUUGAUUUUUAUAAAGA